UCAAUCAUGGUCCUAUUAGUUAAGUCACUAUGGGCUCACGUCAAUACACGUUUUUCUCGGGUCAACAGUCAGUUUUCCCGGGCACGCGGUGCCGCCAAGGGCGCCAAAAUUUACAUUAAAAUGUAAAUCUAUUAUAAAUAAAAUUAAAAAUUACUUAAUUGGUCUCGGGUGGCCUUCACGAUGGCCGAGGCCAACGAUUUGAAAUCCGACGAUGGUAUUCAAAAUUUAUCGAAAACUCAAAUGGACAUAAAUGAAUGUCUUGGUAGUUGGCUGACGUAUUUACAGAUGUUGAAUGGUCUCUGCUCGGCUGGUACGAAGCUGGCUCAGUCUUUACAAUCAAUUUUAUCGAGCCACGAAGGGACAGUUAAUUGUAGAUUGACAGGCCAAUGUCUCGCCGGUUGGGAAGAACUUACUAGGGCAACUGGUGUGGCAAGUAAUACUGUUAAACAGCACGUGGUCGCGGCCUUGAGAGACCACGAGACACGAGACAGUGAUGUCGACAAACAUGAUAUAUUGCGGGACAAUCUUCUGACCUUCAUUAACUUGCAGUAUCAAUUUUGUGUCGCUUGUUGUGAAUGUUUAGGUAAUAUGGCUGAGUGUUCGUGUUCUCAAUCAGGAAAAAAUGAAUGUGAUAUAGCAGCACUUCAACAAUGUUUUGAACGUUUGUACAGUCCGCAAACACCAGUAUCAUCAUCUUCGAUACAACAAAAUAGCCAUAGAUCGCCGUUGCGAUAUCCACUCUUUCCUCUGCAGGUCCAGAGAAGAUGGUCGGAGACCGCAGCAGCUGAAAUGUCUGGUGAGUCAACAGAAAGUACUAUGAGAAGAUGGUCAAUGCCUUGGGACUGUCGACACGUCACAGAGUGGCCAAGACAAGAAGAAAAAACAAGGCUGAGAGUACCACACCAAGAUCGGAGUAGAUCAGCGACACCAGACUCUGUAUGGAAGUCAUCAGGAAUGGCCAGUCAGGACGGACUACAAGAAGCCAUACAGUUGUUGUCUUGUAGACCAGGUGUUAGACCUAAUAAUCAAUUGUCUGCUUUUACUAGUCAACAUAUACCCGGUGUUACUCUCACUACUUGUAAUUUCGAUGGUAAUUAUGAUAACUCGAUCUGGCCGGACUCCAGACGAGUUGGAUCUCCCAGGUGCUGGCCACAGGAUUCUCAUUCCAGCGAUCAUUCUGAUCAAUCUGGACAACGUGAUAGUGAUCAUGGUGACCACAGAGAUUCUGAAAAUAGUGGUGGUAGUACAAGUGGUCAUCGUGAUAGUGAUCAUGGUAGUCAUCGAGAAUCUGAUAUUUCAGGAGUCAAUGAUCUUCUUCCAUCACGAAAAAGUUCAUCGUCUACGGACUCAUGUUUAUCAGGAAACAGUAGAUCUGGUUCUGAAAGUGCUGGUGCUUGUACUGGAGAAUCAUCAAAAUCUCAAUUGUAUUCAAUGUGGAGCGGUGGAGAUUUACCAUUUAUUAAAUUACCAGAAAGUAAUGAAACCAAAGAUGAAAGGCCUCCAAGUUAAACAAUAUUUAUAUAUCAAUAAUAAUCAAUCUUAAUAAUAAUAAUAAUAAUAUUAAUAAUACAAAUAAUAAUAAUAAUUUUUACUAUUAUAAUUUAUUAAAUUUAUUAAUAAAAAAAUCGAAUCUUAUAAUAGAAUUUUUAAAAAAUUCAUAUGGACCAAUACUGUCAAGAAUAUAAAGAUAAAAAAAAAUCAUUAAAAUAUAUCAUUUAAUUUAAAUUAAUAACAUUCAGUGCUAAACGGAUAAUAUUUAUAUGCAAUUUUAGAAUA